CUGCCAGUUUCUCCUCUUCCGUUCAAAGCCUGCUGUUUUGUAACCUGGGUCUGUUAGCACCAGUAGGGAUGGAAAUGGAGAAUUACAGGCACUUCUUGUUUUUCCUUAUCACAUCCAUAUCAAUUGGUUUCUUGUCGAUCUUGUUCGUAUUAAUAUGGGUUUUUCAGUGGAGAGAGGGACUUGCAUGGGACGGAGGUCUUGCAGAAUUCAACUGGCAUCCAGUUCUGACUGUGACGGGAUUUAUUUUCGUUCAGGGGAUCGCCAUCGUUGUUUACAGAUUACCCUGGACCUGGAAGUGCAGUAAACUCAUGAUGAAGCUCAUUCAUGCUGGCUUACAUGUUGUGGCCUUUGUUCUGGCUGUUAUUUCUCUGGUGGCAGUAUUUGACUUCCAUAACUACAAGAAUAUUCCCAACAUGUACAGUUUACACAGCUGGAUUGGAUUGACGGCUGUGGUUCUCUACACUCUGCAGCUUGUUCUAGGUUUAUGCAUAUACCUGUUUCCCAUGACUCCUGCUUUCAUCCGAGCUGCUUUCAUGCCCAUACAUGUCUACAGCGGUCUUCUGAUCUUUGGGACAGUUAUUGCCACAGCCCUGAUGGGAAUCACAGAAAAGCUUUUUUUUGCACUAAAAAAUCCUGCCUACAAAGACAGCCCCCCCGAGGCUGCGUUCGUCAACACGCUGGGUCUGUUAAUUGUAGUCUUUGGAGGCACUGUGCUCUGGAUGGUGACUCGGCCAUCUUGGAAGCGUCCCAGUGAGGAGGCCUCUACCUUCAAACAGUCAGACGGGAAAGUAUCCAGUGUCACUGAGAAUGAACUAAACCUGAAUUCCCUUGAUAAAACUACCAUGGAGUCCAGCAGUGAGGCGUGGAAGAGAAACCUCAAGCUGGAAGAAGCAGGGCUGAGGUCAACCAUGUGAGAUGAAGAGCAUUGCUCCCACAACAGAUGUUGAGGGAAAGGUGGGGCAGCAUGUUCUUAAAGGGGUUUGGACUUGGGCUCUGUUCACAUUGAGUUUUUUUUGAGUGGGUUGGCUCUGCACUCAGUCUGGUUCGGUUUACUUGGAGUGUAGUGUGAACAAUAAAGUUCAAUUGACAAACUAACCAAACUGAAGAGGUGGUCUCGGUUCAUUCGGCAAAUGGACAACAGGAAACAUAACAUACACGUUGAUCUUUGUAGCUAGAUGAGGAAAAAGUGAACUCUCCUUUUUUUUGUAUAGUUGGUUGUUAGCAUUGCAUGUCUUGUAGCUGGUAAUCCUGCAAAAAUAAAAAGUAUAGUUUGGUCAAACAAUUAUAUGGAGAGAAAGAAACAGGGAUGCUUUUAGAAUUUCGGUCGGACACCAAAAUCCAGACAGAUCUUGACAAUGCGAAAGCUUUCCCCCCAGCUUCUUUACACAUGCUGACAAAGAACCCCCAGUCACUGUCAUCUUAAAAAUAUACCAAGAUGUAUUGCAGGCAAUGGAAACAUCCACUCCACCAAUAAUUGAAAAAAUUACAGUGUAAACACAAAUUAACACGUAAAUUAACCUGAUAAACGAACUCCAUUUCAAACUCCCAAACAAACUCCAGUUAAGUGUGAACAGCAAGCAAAUUGAUUCAUUGUUUUAAACCAAAGAAACUGAACUGAGACAGCUUGUAACUAACCCAAUGUGAACACAAGUUUAAUUGAAACAGCAGUGUAAAAAUGGCCCAUGCCAAAUUUCUUCAUUAGCUUUUUUAUGUUUUAUAUGUUAUGUAAACAUUUGCAACACUUAGAUGCCCUUUUUUGAGUGACUCUCUUUUCCAGGCAUAAAACUGACCCUCACAAAUUUGAAAAGCAAGGACACACUAUAUAUAUACCUCUUAAAGAUUACAAUAUAACAAUAUAUUUUAAGACAGUCACAUUUUUGGAUGCUUUUGGAUUGAUUUAACUCUUUCAGCACUGCAGUCCUGUAUACAAGAAACUGUGUUAUUAUUUCAUGCUACCAAAGAUAUAUUACUCAGCACAGUUCUUGAUAGUUUUGUUGUUUGGUACUUAAAGCUGUUAUAAGGAUAGCAGCUAUGUAAUGCAAUGCAAUCCCAAGGGUUAGUGCUCAAAGAGUAAAUGUCAAGUACAGCUGUACUAGAAUGGUGAUAAUUGCACUCCUACUCCCUCUGGUGGCUGAUACUUUUAUAUGAAUGGUUUAUUAUUUUGUGUACACAACCUCUUCAAUUUUUUUUCAAUUGCCAAAUUCAAGAUGCCAUUUAGGGAAAAAAAAAGAAUGUGUUUGUAUUUUACAUUAUCAUUAAGGGAAACUGAUUACUGGGACGUGAUGAGGAUUGAAUGCAUAUAAAAUGUGAACGUAGGCAUCAGCAGUUUUUUUUUUUUCACAGCAUUUAGCAUAAUUGCUUGGCAUAGUAUUUUUUAUAAACUAAUAUAAAUAUUUUUACAUAUUGUCUUACUUUAGAUUGAAACAUAGACUUCUAUAAUUGAUAUGUUUAAUACAAAUCAGUGUUUAAGUAUCUACUUCUUUUGUGAAAUUAGGAGUUAUCAAGUAUAAUGAAAUGAAUUGUAGUUUUUAAAAAAAGUUCAAUUUCUUGACAAGACGGUUUGUGGUGAUUAAGCAUCUGUAUGUGAAAUGUUUACAGCUUGUUUGAGUAAACAGAUUGUACAUUUACUUGUAGUGAUAGCUGUACUUUGAAAUGGUAAAAUGUAAUUUUUAAAGAAACAGUUGGAUAAUUUCUUGUUUUUAACUUGUUUGUAUCUUGCAGUGAGGACUGUAUUAUGUAUUGCUAUAUCCUAGUAUAAUGUGCAUUUUAUAAUUGUACUGGUACUAAAUUUACAUAUCUUGCAAUAUUAAAUUCAUAAG